UGAUCUAGGCUUAAACAUCAUGAAUGAAGUUAGCUUGUGAUGGCAGGAAUAGAAGUGGAUUUAAAUUACCAGCUGAGGCGGGAGUUGCUCCAGGAGGCAGGAGUUGCUAGUGAUAAGUCUGUAUGCUUAGCACCGAGCGACAGGAGUUUCAUCUCGGAUGGUGACUGGCCUUGUUUAGAUAAAGUUUCAGUUUCUGAAGGAAAAAUAGACAGCUUUGCAGCAAUCUUCAGAGCCAACAGAGACCCUGCAGUUGAGAGUUACAUAGUGUCAGUGAUCCAGUCAGACCACGACUACUCUCACCACUGGAGUUCCGAUCCACAGCAGAAAUCUUCAGCUACCAAUAACACACCAAUUGUCAAGUUAUUUGCUCCUCAAGGCAGUUCUGAGAGUAAAUUCAGUCAUGUUUCUUCUAGAGAUACUUCUGAGGAUCAGGUUUUGGACAUUGAAGGGGACUGGGACGAUGGUGCACCUGACCCUCCCUACAAUGAAGAGCUUGCCUGCAAACUCAUGUACGAGUGUGAGCGACACAUGGAUUUUGCUGGCAAUGAUACUGCAGCUGCUGCUGAAAAACAAGCUUCUGAACGAGAAGGUCCUUGUGGUGCAGUGAGUGGGGCUGAUGAAGAGGAGGAGGCUGCAGCACACAAACCUGACAUCAACUUGUGCAAGGACAAAUGGACGGCGCAGCAAGAACGUGUGUUCGACAGAGCGGUUGCCAUCUUAGACGGCGAGCGGCUGGCGAGGCUGGCGUGUUCAGGAGUCAAGCACGAGCCUGCCAGGCGCCGCGCCCUGCUAGACAGAUCAGCAAGCAAAUUUCGGCGGUUGCUGUCAGGCGAGUGUCGGUGGGAGAUGUCGCUGUGCCAGUGGCUGCACAGCUCCUUGCUGCACAGCCUCACUUCUCCUUACCUCAUCGCUUAUCUUGACAUCCUACAGAGUCUUCAUUACGCCGUGCCAACUCUGAUGGACAAACUGAUAGCACCAAGCAGUAAGCUCCCCUCCAGCAGCACUAAGGGGACGACUGCGUCAACAUUAAACUCUAGCAGCAGUUCAGCUCUUGGUGCUGGGUUCCCUCACACCACGGCACCUGCAGGUGCCCCCAGUAACGAUGAUAACGGGGGAGUUAUGUCUUCAAGUAUCGCUGCAGUGGGACUAUCAGGACACGAUGCAAGUAACGGCCCUGGUGUGGAGGGUACGAGUUCUGCUGCUGCUGGUGCUGGUGUUUAUGACGCCAAGAACAACAGCUUUGGCGGGUCCAUAUCAAGUCUGGGGCUUAACCUCCUGCUUAAGCGGCCGUGGGAUCCUGCAAUGCCCAUCCUACAUUCAAACAAACCUCGGCCGCUGGGCUCAGACAGUCCGGUGGUGUUGCUGGUGCCGCACUGCCCGCAACUCUGCGCUGCUGAUGUCCGCCGACAUAAAAACUUUGCGUCGACAUUGAGACGUGUCACCACCACCCUCACCAUCACCGUUCAUGCCGCGCCAGACGGGAGCGUGAGCGAGUGGCUGGAGCGGACAGUGGUUGCGGUGCUGACUAAGCUGAGGGAGUGGCGAGCGUCCCUGCGUCCCAUCGUGCUGGCGGGGUGGGGGGCUGGUGCCCUCCUUGCUGCUCAGAUCGCUGCUUUGGACUCCUCAAUUUCGGGCGUGGUGUGUUUGUCUCCACCAUUCUCGGGACCUGCUGACUACAGAGGCGACCUCAGCAAUAGUAAGAAGUCCUCCGAUCCUGCCGCGGACGUGUCCAAUAGCGAUGACAAGGCCGCCGUGUUCCUAAGUGUUGGGGAGAAGCGCGUGACCACAGCUGGCAUCCUCAGUGCCGUCCGCUGCCCCAUCUUGCUCGUAGUUGGCGACCGCGCUCAGAAUUCCAACAUGCAGGCGCUGGAGGAGCUACGCGAGCGCGUGAGCGAUGCCCGGCUCGUGGUGCUGUGUGGGGCAGACAACAAACUGCGCCUGCAGCACAACCAUCGCCGCGUCGCUGCCCUCACGCACUCCCUGGUGGACCGCUGCAUUGUGGACGAAAUGGCUACAUUCUUGAAGAGUCUCAUGCCGGUUGUGGAGGACGUGCCAGCUGGCAUCAGAGAGGCGGCUGCUGCUGCGGCCUCGGUUGCCCACAACACCAGUCUGGCCAAGGAGGCCAAAUUAAGUGAUGCCUUCAAUACUGAACCCUUGAGCAAUAAACGCAAGAUGCCCGACGAUAUUUCUACACACGCUUCGUUGCCAUCUUCACCUAAAAAAUAUCAAACAGGCGCGCCCACUGACCCGCAGACGAUGGAGGGCGCGGGAGCUUCACCUGACGUCGCGGCUGUAAAAACGCAGCAAGCUGUUUCUGCUGCUGAUGGUCUUCUUGGUCUUAGCGUGCCUGCCGUCUCUAUGGCUUUGGUCAGCAAUGCAAGCAGCGCUUUCCAUUGCUCCUCAUCAGUCACAGCGUCUCCACACCAGCCCAGCUCGCCUGCUGUCUUUCCUCAGCGCGAGGAGAGCGUGUGGAGCGGUUCUGGUGCUGCAGGGGCAGCAGGUGUGCGGGGCAGCGCGGGGCGUCGGGGGCGCCGCGCAGGUCGCGGUCGAGGACGGGGCUCUCGUGCCCCCCUGCCGGGGCAGCUAAUUGCCUUGGGGGGCGGCGUGGGGGUCGCUGCACAGGCGCACCUCAAGUCUGCUGGUCGCCGUCUCUCGGCGCUGUCAGGUCGUGGUAUAGCCAGGGGCACGUUACCUGGUCGUCCUCCAUACGUCAGCACGUCUUCAUCAUCCGUCCCUGACAGUGAAGUCAUGUUACUGUCACCGCAAUCGUCUAACAAACUUAACGCAAGAACUGGUCUCGUGAAGGAACAGUCCGCCAAGUCCAUCAAAGAGCAAGUGGCAUUAGCGGCCAAAAGCGAAGCCCAGCUGCUGGCGGCCGUUGCUUCCAUCACUCCUCAGUCGCCGCCUGAAGUUCAUGUGCCUAGCAAAAUUACAACAGUUUCCACUUGCAACGUUGUAAGGAGCCUCACUCCACAAGCCCUCACUUCCCAAGCGUUUGAGAUUGUAGAUACCAGUCAGCAACCGCAUCAAGUACAUUAUGUGCUGCAUCCUCAAGGAUCUUUGUCGUCUGUAACUUCUGCCUUUGUCGUUGGUAGCAUUGGGAGCAUUUCUUCCACAGCCAAAAUUGGAGGUAGUGACCUCACACUAGCAAGUGUUAUGGGCUUAAGCAGUGGGUCGCUGGCUGACAAACGCAAGAGCAUUCCAAGCAUUAUGAGCAGUGUUGGCGAUCGUAGGAAGAAUUCGGGUGCAAGUUCUGCUCUCUGUACUCCAAUCAACAAGAAACCAAUUAUAUUCCAGACUUCGGUUGGUGGGGUACUGUCCAACAACAGAAUUAUUUUGCCGAACACUCUCUCCUCUGCAUCAUCCAACAUGCCAUCGUUGAUCGUAUCUUCUUCGCCUUCUGUUGUCUCGUCCUUGGCUCCCAUAAAGAAGCUGAUCCGCCCCACAUUGGCUUAUUCUUCGCCGCGCUUGACUGCUCCUGUUAUACUUACCAACCAAAAAUCCUUACCCUCCCUCUUUGCCAAUCAAAAGCCUAAUGCCACCUUUGUUUCAAGUCCAAAAUCUUCAAGCUCUACUUUUAUCACUGGGACGAAAGUUUUGCCCUCGCCUACCUCUGUUCAAAAAGCCCUCAUUGCUGCUCAGAAGCCUGUGACUAGUUUCGUUGCCACUCAGAAAGGGGGAUCAACUUCAAUUGCUAACCAGACAGGUGCCAUGGAAUCUCAAAGCCAUCUUGUCCCACAGAUCAUUGGCACUCUGCGAGGUGGUCGCGUAAGCAUAAGUUCGGCAGAUUCUGUGGUUAGCGGCAUGCUUCAGAGUGUCCCUAGCAUUUUAUCAGGAGCCAGGUUCGUCACAACCAGAGGUGGAGUUAGAGGGUCCAUGACAAGAGGGGGUAUCGUUCAAGCACGCACCCUUGCUGCUGGUGUUGGUAGAGGGUCGGGACCCACUCAACGGAACCUAAUCACUGUCGGUGCAGGCACAAACAGUACCGCAGAUGCCAUCUCGGCUUCAAUUAUCGCAUCAUCCACGGGAGCUGCAAAAAGCAACAGCAAUAUCGCCUUCACUACCGUGCCUGUGUCUGGAUCGAAAGCUGCCACUUCAGUUGCUUUAUCUUUACCUCUUACGAUGGAUGCAAGUACUUGCACAAGCCCUAGCCCGUCGACCGUUGUCUGCAUUGAUACAAGCAAGAACAUUAACAAAUCCCAGACUCAGACACCUGUUGGGGUCAAGCAACUUCUUCUCGGACUGCCGAAAGUCUCGGAACAAACCAUAAAGAUUUUGCCACAAAAGUCUCAGCAAGUGCUCAAGGUUGCUGACAAUCCCCAGUCUAGUCAUACUAAGAUAAUGGUGUCUUCUCAGAAGCCUUCGCAAUUUUAUUAUAAGCCCUUGGUCGUGAAGAAGCAGAACAUCGUAGCUAAAGUAGCUUCGCCUGAGACCAUAGGCACGUUUCAAAUAUUAAAACCCAGUGUCCAAAGUGAGAUGACAGUACAAGGAUCCUUGAGCGGAAUGAUGACCGUUUCUUCUCCGACGCCGUCACUCAUUUUGGGAAGUGCAGCGCAUAGUUCGGCUGCCGGCGCUUCUCUUACUUUGGCUGUAACAGUCGCUGCUUCUGAAUCUACUCUCACUCCGGCGCCGUCUGUAUCCGUCCUGGCUAACAUUUCUCCACAGACACAAACAUCAAGCCUCGAGCCUGUUCCAUCUUCGAUUGUUAUUCCACCUGUAAUGCUUAAUCCUCAAGAUAGUAUUUUGCCUCUUGACUCUUCUUCCUCCUCGACCGAAAAGCUCGAUCUAUUGGCUUCUGCAGCUUCCGAAAUAAGCCAAAAAUUGACGCAGAACCAGGAUGCUGAGUUCUCCCUAGAAACAAAUAAUCUCGCAAGUGCUGAACACAAUUAUGAGGCUGGUGCAGAUACGAAUAAAGAUGGUGACGAGAACCAAAUUAAUGAAAACUUGGAUGCGGGUCAAUUCAUCGAAGUUUCCCUAGAAGAAGUACCUAAAAUCGACACUAACAAACUUCAUUGCCGGAAAGAAGUUAGAAGCAUCAGUAAAGAAAAAGAACAGACAUCUCCAGCAUCUUCCACACUUCAGUCCCCCGUGAUGGGCAGUGAUGCCCAGUCAAGUGGUAUUUUCCCAACAAAUAAGGUAACAAUAGCGUCUACUUCGGGGGAGGCUUCUGUGACUGGUGGGGCCAUAGCUGCUGUAAAUGAGACAAAUGACGCCUCUUCGUCAUCCUACCUUCUGCAAUCGUCGCCUGCAAUGGGAAACCUUGAUUCUCCCAUGCAAGUUAACUUGCCUGCUGUUGUUGAAUCUUCAAGCACAGAUCAUAUAUCAAGUACGGCUGGAUCAACCAUUGCUCAGCAGAAGUUGAUCUUGGUCAACUGUAAGCCAAAUUUUAAGAAAGGUAGCCACGAAUCGGAUAGCUCAAGUGACGUAGAAAUUGUUGGUGAGAGCUCAUCUGGUUUAUCUGUUCAGACAAGUACUUUUCCUCUCAAGGAUAAAAGUAAAAUCACCUUAUCUAAGUCAAGUUGUUCUCAGAUAAAAAUUCUAUCAUCUUCAACGAGUUCUUCAAAAUUUUCGAUUUGUCCACCUGGAACACAAUCUCAGAUCAUCGUGUCGACGCAGCCCGGCAAGGGCACAACCAUCCUAAGACCUGGACGCUCAUCGUUGGGUACUAUCGAUGGGAAGAACAUCACUAAACUGACUGUGCGUCCUACGACGGCUUCUCUUAAGUUGACAUCCGGACAACACUCUAUACUGAACACUAACAAAAUAACUAUCGCUUCUUCCAGUGCAAGCCCCAUCACUCCAGUGCCGCCCGCGCAAGGAACAUCUUCAAGCUCCGCACCUGCCCAAGUUGACUCAAAGCCUCCCACUCAAAUCUCGUCAAGCAUCAACGCAAAAGAUCCUGUAAUGAUGUUAGUGUCAGCAUCUAUGGUAACAUUAACUUCUCCUUCCUUGAUGACUGUUGGUGCGUCUGAAGCUGCCCAACCUGCUCACAAUUCGGUCUCUUCCCAAAGCCGUCAAAAGACCAACAGGGACACAUUUGCGGAAUUUGUAGCUACUUCUAAUAAAUCGGAAGAAGUCGAAAAAAGGACAAGAAACAUCGCGGAACUGGAUACUACUUUGGAUUCUGUGAAAGAUUCAUCGAACGUCAAUGAGACUCGUGGGUCCCAUCGUAUUCGCAGCCCUACUGUGCGCGUUGUGUCUGCUAACGAAGCGUUUCGUCCAAAACAAUGCACUAUUAGCAACAAAGUUCACAUUGCCAAACCGGACAAAUUAACUCUCCGUGCUAUGAGUUCUGAUUCUAUGCUUGGGAAGAUCGACAGCAGUACGCCUACUAAUAAGCAAGUUUCUUUUUCGCCUGCGAGCCAAGCAGAAUCUGACGCGAAAGUCCCGGUAAAAAUUUUGAUUAACGAUCCUAGUGCAUUGCCUACCAGGGGCCAAAUAAUGGUUGCUGCAAGUAGGGAGAAGCGCAAGUCGUCAGUUUCUAGUGCUGGGGCAUCGAGCGUUGAAGAAUCACCUGGGAAGCUCCAUGCAUCUCUCCUAUCACCAGGAUCUAUUACGAAGAAAAUCAAGCAAAAUGCAGGUCAAAUACCUACUAAAGUUUCCCUUCACGAUGUUGUGGCUUCAACUAAUACGCUUAAAUCAGAUGAAGCGAGCGAACUUGAACUGAAAAGACCACCUGCCAGCCUUCCCAUCGUUACAAGUUCGUCGACCACGAUUACUUGUGACCUACUCAUAGAUGCCUCAACAGCUGUGCAUAAUCUUAAAUCUGCGCGAGUUUCAGGAACGGGUGAGGAUGAUAAUGUUUUUCAUUCUACUGAACGAGCAAACGCAAAGUCAACUGAUGCGCCGAUACUUGUUGAAAGUCCUUCUGGAUCGGAUGAGACUUCUUGUCAAAAAGUUGCUGCACAAGUUCAGGAUGGUUCUGAUGUAUUGAAUAAAUCUUCAUCCGAUCCAGUUGAAUGUACUGACUCCCUCGCAUCUGACGACGCGAAAUCACCAACGCACAAGAAAUUCGUUUUGCCCGAACAGAACAAAGAUGAUCCUUUGUGCGAAGGUCCACAAGACCGUUCUGGGAUUAAACUAGCUGUUUUUGGGACCAAAGAUGAAUCGGCUAGCGCAAGUGCAUCGUCGAAGACGUCUGCUGGUCGGAAAGUUACGCGUGGUGCCAAGCAAAACUCGUCUGGCAAGAUUCAAAAGCGGUCGAGUGCGCGCCUCAGCAUCAUACCUUUCGAAAAGACUGCAGCACAUCUCAGGAGUGGAAAGAAGCGGUCGUCCUGAGCGCGAUAUUUAAUGGCGUACUGGGGAUAUUCUGAGCGCGGUAUUCAUUGUCUUACUGGGGAUAUUCUGAGCGGUAUUCAGUGUCUUACUGGGGAUAUUCUGAGCGGUAUUCAGGGGUUUACAGUAUUGGAAAUAUUCUAAACGCGGUAUUCAGUGGCUUGCUGGGGAUAUUCUGAGCAGUAUUUAGUAACUUACUGGGAAUAUUCUGAGCGGUAUUUAGUAACUUACUGGGAAUAUUCUGAGCGGUAUUCAGUAACUUACUGGGGAUAUUCUGAGCGGUAUUCAGUAACUUACUGGGGAUAUUCUGAACGGUGUUGUAACUUACUGUGGGGAUAUUCUGAACGGUGUUCAGUAACUUACUGGGGAUAUUCUGAACGGUGUUGUAACUUACUGUGGGGAUAUUCUGAACGCGGUAUGCAUGAUUGACACGAACGUCGUGAGCGCAAUAGUCAGUGGACUACCUUUGCAAUUUAGAAACUUGCUUGUGGGCAAAGGACCGAGUUUAGUGCAUGAGAUCCAGCUACGCUACUCAAACGAGGCAAGUAAGCCCUUUGGAGUUGCAUACUUUUCCAAUGAGAGAUGAAAAGAAUAAAAAAUCGUUGUUCAAAAUGAGGUUUUAAGCCAACUUCAAAAAAGAAAAUCCCGAAAAAUAUCAUUAGUAUCUUAUAAUUAAUCGUAUAUUUCUGGAAUAUCUUUACCGUUUUAUCAUCUUGUCCAGUGCUGUCUGUCAAUUUCACUUUGUUUUCUGACUGUUAAGGCUAUGUAUGCAUUACAACUUUAAAAAAAUUUAUCUUUAAUAUUACAAACCUGAAAUUUUGCGUUCUCUUUUCUUGGUGCGUAGGUAUAUUUGUAUAUAUUAAGUAUGUAUAAUAACGUCCACACUUCAGUUCAGACGAUUUUGAGAUGCACGGUUGGCUGUAUCAGAAAAGUAACAACGAUUCUGUCAAGUCUCCCAAGUAUUUUUUUUUCUAGAAGCGUCGCUUGUACAUAAACGCUAAUUGAUUCAUGGCAAAUUCUGCAUUGUGACGGAGUUACCAGUUUCAUUCGGAAAAUCCCUAUCUCUGCUCGUCGACCCAAAUCUCGUGUAAAUUAUCAUCAUUGUAUCAUAUAGGCGUGCAGUGCCAGCCAACGAGACUGCUAAAGCCCUCAAUUGAUUUUUCUUCCGACUGUUGGAUAAUAAUUACCUUGUCUACUUUUUUAGCUUCACGAUUCUAAAUUUCGACUUAUAAUUUCUAAGUUUUUUUCCUGGCGUGGUACGUUAUUUUAAAAUCUUUUCGCUAUCUCCUAUGUUUUUGAUGCUGUUCUGUUCGAUCUCUGUAUCGCAUAGUACAAAUUGAUAAAUC